CAGGGGUUUUAUGCUAUUUCAUUUUAAAAGCAUACAACCUUGAAUCCACGUCGUCUAGGGUUUCGACUCUCACAUUUGGGAUGUCAUCCUGUGAAUCAGCGUACUCUACUUCUUGUUACUACCACUUGCCAUCGCUGAACUUCACAAUCAGAAAGUUCAAGAACUUCGUGGCUUUGCAAACCGCCCAUGGUGGUGGCGCGGUGGUGAUCCGACAAAACAAAAGAAAACUCGGAUAUCCUGCAAAUUCAUUACAGUCACUCCUCUCUCAGUCACGAAGCCGCCUCCGAAUCCACCAUGUUCCAGUGGACUUCGUCGACCGUCCGACGCAGUGCCGCUCACUGCUCGCUAUCGUCGGGCCACCGCAAAUCUAUGAUGCCACCCCCAUCACUGAGUCGUUGACCGCCGCACCGUGUAGUCGCUCAACAGCUAUCCGUCUGAAUCUGUCAAUUGUCGCCGCUCAUGAGUGCGGUUCGUUGAUCUCAGUCGCCGAAACCCUUGUUUGGGUCUUUCGGUUAAGAGAAGAAACAAUUAAAAGAGAUGAUGGAAAAAGGUUUGUCUCCAUUGAGAGCAUGUUUUUGCAAUUUAGCCUAUUUUUUAUGAUGGGAGGUACAAAAUUUACAUUGAAUGAUGCAUUAUUCUCCCCAAAAUCAACAAAAAACUUGUUGAGUUUUAAAGAUAUCCAAAUGAACGGAUACCACGUUGAAACAAUGAAUAAAGGGAGAGUUGAAUAUCUUUGCAUUACCUCAUAUAAUACGGGAAAUAAAUGUGUUUUGGAGAGGUUACCUAUUCUAUCCUCGGGUUUAUAUUACACCCAGAUUAAUAUGAUCGAGGCUUAUGCUGCAACAAAUUCAAAGAUGAAUGAAAUGUUUAAACUUUGGCAUGAUCGACUUGGUCAUCCUGGCUCGAUAAUGAUGCGAAGAAUUAUUGAAACUUCUAGUGGGCAUCCAUUAAAAAAUCAGAGGAUAUUGCAAAUACAUGAAUUGACAUGUGCCUCAUGUUCUCAAUGGAAGUUGAUAAUGAGACCAUCGCAUACUAAAGUCGGACAUGAAGCACCAUUAUUUUUAGAAAGGAUUCAUGGUGAAAUAUGUGGACCUAUUCAUCCACCUUGUGGUCCAUUCAGAUAUUUUAUGGUGUUAAUUGAUGCCUCUAGUAGAUGGUCUCACGUGAGUUUGUUAUCCACUAGAAAUGUGGUAUUUGCUAAAUUACUUGCCCAGCUUAUUAAAUUAAGGGCUCAAUUCCCAGAUUAUAUUAUCAAAAGAGUCAGACUUAACAAUGCUGGUGAGUUUACAUCUCAAGCAUUUAAUGAUUAUUAUAUGGCAGUGAGAAUUGAUGUUGAACAUCUUGUGGCACAUGUUCACACUCAAAAUGGUCUAGCAGAAUCAUUGAUUAAACGACUGCAACUUAUAGCUAGACCAUUGAUAAUGAGGACAAAACUCCACACUUCAGUAUGGGGACAUGCGAUUCUGCAUACAGAUGAUCUAAUUCGAAUAAGACCAGGUGCACACCAUACAUACUCGCUAUUACAGUUGGCAUAUGGUCGAGAACCAAAUAUUGCACAUAUAAGAGUUUUUGGUUGUGUAGUGUAUGUACCAAUUGCUCCGCCCCAACGUACAAAAAUGGGGCCUCAAAGAAGGUUGGGGAUAUAUGUUGGAUAUGAAUCUCCAUCAAUAAUCAAAUACCUUGAGCCAAAAACAGGUGAUGUUUUUACAGCUCGGUUUGAUGAUUGUCAUUUUAAUGAAGAAUUGUUUCCCACCUUAGGUGGGAAUGAAAGGUCAAUUGAGAGAAAUAUUGAAUGGAAAACAUCAUCACUAUCAUAUCUUGAUCCUCCCACCAAAAAAAUAGAGCAAGAA